AUGUUCCCUCUUCUCCUGACUUUCUUUAUUCUCCUUACUCUGGUUACUCACUUUCCCAUCUCUCAUUCUCUCCAUGACCAACAACUCCUAGUGCAACCCCUAGUGGCUCCAAAUCAGUGCAAUGACACAUGUGGUGAGCUCAAAAUCCCAUUCCCAUUUCACCUGAACAGGAACUCCUCUUGUGGCACAAUUUCCAAUGCUUUUCUCCUCUCUUGCUUGAACUCCACAACCCUUUAUCUCAACAUAGGUUCUGAGAAGUACAGAGUGCUUGAAUUCUACUCUGAUGGCGUGCUUGUUGACUUUCCCGGCUCAUCUCCAUGCCGUCAGUACAAUGACUUGAAUUCCUUUGGUUUUGAAGGGAAUGACUAUUUUGGAGUUUCUGAUGACAAUGUGAUUGGCCUGUAUGACUGUGAGGAUUCUUCCUUGUGCAAGGCGGAGUGCGAGGCGGUUGACUUGCCGGGUUGCGAUGGCAGCGGAAGAAGUAGCUCUCCUGCUUGCUGUUACCCCUUGUCUGACCACAGUGUGUGGCGUUUUGGGGACAGGUUUUCUGUGUUCUCCAAGUUUGGCUGCAGGGGGUUCUCCAGUUGGGUUGUUCUAAGGGCUACAAACUCCGGUAAGCGCGGGGUUAAGCUCGAAUGGGCUGUUCCGAGGAACUCGUCUAAGAGCAUUUGUGCUAGCAAUGCUUACAUUGCCAAUGCCACAGCAGUCCGAGAAGGGCUGAGGUGCUUGUGUCAAGAGGGGUUUGUUGGUGAUGGAUUUGAAAAUGGCAGUGGAUGCAUAAAAUCAUGCUUCAAGGACAGGAGAGAACUAUACGGAAAUGACUGCAACAACAAAAUACAUAAUGACAAGAAACUUGUAAUCAUAGGUGGAGUUCUUUCUUCUGCUUUCAUCAUUGCCUCUUUCAUUGCACUCUUUUGCCUACUGAAACGGCCAAUUAAGCCCGGCGAAUUCGACGCUGAGCAGGCUAAUUUUCACGGUGGCAUCUCGUUCCAGAAAGCUUGUAGGACUCGGCUGUUCACAUACCAUGAGCUAGAAGAGGCCACAAAAGGAUUUGAAGAUGACAGAAAAUUAGUAGAAGGCGCCAACUGCACAAUGUAUGCCGGGGUUCUUCAAGACGGAUCCCACAUUGCUGUGCACAAGAUACAAUGUGAAAAUGAAAGAGACUUGAUUCAAGUCCUUUCCCAAAUUGAGAUUUUAUCUUCUGUUUUACACGGGAAUUUAGCCCGACUUCUCGGAUGCUGCAUUGAUUUGGCCUACAUGCCACUAGUAGUCUACGAAUAUCCCGAAAAUGGUACGUUGGAAGAACAUUUACACCAAAGAAGAGAGCCAAAAACAGGUCUUGACUGGCACAGAAGGUUGAACAUUGUUGCUGAAACAGCAAACGUUCUAGCCUUCCUGCACUAUGAGAUCUCUCCUCCCGUAUUCCACCGAGAUCUCAAAUCCGGUUCAAUCUUUUUAGACGAGAACUUCUCGGUCAAGAUUGCGGGGUUUGGACUACUAAUCCCGAGUCCCCGAGAUUCGCAGAAGAGCCACGAGAGUAGCACUACUCGGUUUCAGAAGAAUGAUGUUUGUGACAUGGGAAUGGUGCUGCUUGAGAUAAUUGCAGGCUCAAACAGAUUGGACUUGCCAACACUAGCCUUACAGAAAAUAAGGAGUGGGAAGCUAGAGGAGAUAGUGGAUCCACUCUUGUACCAUCACGAGCAGCCGAGUUUUCGGCGCGAUCAGAUAGAGAUAGUUGCUGACCUUGCCGUGAGAUGCUUGUUGUUUGGUGGGGAUGGCAAGCUUGGAAUGGUUGAUGUUGCCAGAGAAUUGGCACAGAUUACAAAAGACAAUGUUGAUGGUGGUAGUAAGAGAGGGCCUGCUUUGGAGGAAACAUUCUCAAACUCAAGCCUUCUUCAGAUGAUUUCAAUGUCUCCUGAUUCAAUAUAUUUGCCUUGA